UUGGUAAGGAGGUACUGCGGGUUAACCUUGAUGGCCAAACCCUUGAGCAUGUGGUUGUGGUGGAGGUGUUGGGUUCUGAACAAACCUGUGUUGUGGAGGUCCUUGCCGAGGGACCUGUUCAACAUUCGAAAGACCGGCAUAAUUUGGUGAUGGCUAAUGUGUGGCAGAAGGGUAUUGUUGAGGUUGGACAGUGU